AAUAGCACUGUCAAGUUAUUCCAUGCUAAGUGGUAGCUCUAGAGACAUUCGUGGGGCUCGUGCACUCGCUUGCUUGUGUGUUUUUCUUUAUAAAUAAUCUCAAAACGUAUCGUUUAGGGCAUUUGUUCAAAGUCGCUAGAGCAGCGGCAACGAGUGUAAAAGUAGCAAAUAAUUCUAACGCACGGAGCAUCGUCGAGGCCGGCAGGAAAAUGGUCGUAGAACAUCACGUUAAAGGUUACGAGGAGUUCACGAAACUGGUGGAGGAUCUUGAGACAAGUGGAGAACCAGUCCAUGUCCUGUUCAGCGGUGGCAAGGAAGAAAAUGGAAUGAGUUGGUGCCCCUAUUGUGUCAAAGCCGAACCUGUUGUGAAAGAGGCACUAACCAAGGCAGCCGAGAAAAGCCACUUUAUUCACGUCGAUGUGGGGGAGCGGAGCUACUGGAAAGACAUAAACUGUCCAUUUAGAAAGGAUCCACGUACACACUUGGUGUUCUUGCCAACUCUCCUGCGAUGGAAGUCACCACAACGACUCGACGGUGAACGUGUUUCGAAUAAAGAUCUUGUUGAAAUGUUAUUCGAGGAUGAAGAUUGAAAGGGAUAGGGAUCAUAAUUUUUUAGGACACAAUUAACAUAUAUAUGUUCACCUCUAAUGAAUACUGAAAAUAUAUAUAAGAAUUCAUGAGGUAUUGGG